AUGCCGAUCUACCUGAUCUCCAAAUUUGCAGACCCCAUUUUCGCCUUUACGAUUGGUACCUCCGCCGCGCUGAUUCGGAUCCGUCGCGAGGAACGAGAGAAACAUCCUGAGCGGGCGGGGGAGAUCGGGUUUGGGACUAUCGCAAAGACGGGGGCAGAUCGAGUCCGGAGAUGGUGGGCGGGUGAUUUUGAGGGCUUAUAA